AUGAAGGUCUUGAUUUUGGGAACAAGUUCAGCAGAUCAAUGGGAAAAAGAAAUAAAAAUGUGGUCAGUUUUGGAAAUACGGGGUGGCACUGUUAAAUUAGGUAAUGUCCGUUUUCGUGAUCCAGCUGUUCAUGACAUGGAGUAUUAUGUUCAGUCGUCAAGUGACAUUACCAUCUUGGGGCAAUAUAAUCCUGUUAAUCAACUACCGAGGACCAUUACAAAAAAAACAAUUGAUUUAUCAGACGUCAUGUUUGAAAAUGGAUAUGUUGAAAUCGAUUGUUACAUUCAAACCCAGCCACGUACUGUUCAGAUGUAUCGUACUUCGUGUGGUCAAUGUCAGGUAACAGAUGGUUAUUACCGACUGACAAUAAAUAUUGUGGAUUAUACCCCAAAUGAAAAAUUGGUCAUGGGCACACCAAUCACCAUUGCUGGUGAAUUCUCACAUGAUUCAUCAUUUUUUUCGAUUUCCAACAUGGACGAUAUAUCAAUUAGAGAAGGAGGUGCCAUAAUGUCCGCAGACGAUUUGCGUGCCGGGUUUCAUCCAGUUAUCGCUUUGAAAAGUCGUCGUAUUGAUACAACAGCUCAACCUGUCGUGCAAACUGUACAACCUGUUCAACUUGCACAACCUGUUCAGCAUGUUCAAUCUGUUCACAUUGCUCAACCUAUGCAACUUGCUCAACCUAUACAACCUGUUCAAACUAUGCAACCUAUUGAGCAAACUGUACAACCAGUUCAACUUGCACAAUCUGUCCAACUUGCUCAACCUAUACAACCUCAACCUUUUCAACCUGUUCAAACUAUACAACCUGUUGAGCAAACUGUACAACCUGUUGAACUUGCACAAUCUGUCCAGCAUUAUGUUCAAUCUGUUCACGUUGCUCAACAUGUACAACCUGCUCAACCUAUACAACCUGCUCAACUUUUACAACCUGCCAAAACUAUUAAACCUGUUGAACCUAUACAAGCUGCUUCACCUAUUCAACCUGUUGUUAAACCUGCUAAUCCUCCUGCGGUUCAGCUUGCUGAUCAGCCAAUGGUUCAGCCGACGAUUGGGAAAAAAAGAAAAAGAAAUUCAACUGGCAUUAUGAUUUAG